AUGACUCUUGCAGAUUCUGUUUAUUCUCCAGUAUGGGGUAGUAUUUUGGGUCUUAUCAUUCAAACUUUUAUGGAUACUUCUGAUAUUCUUCUUUCCUGUGGUUGUUGUGGUCGCGGCGCUGCCGGAGCUGGCAUUGUUUAA